CAUGGAUGUAUACCAAAUAGAGCUGGAGGCACAGGCACAAAUCCGCUCCAAUCUUGUGGUCGAAACCUGUGUGAAUCACUCCUCGGAGCAGCAGCCGCAGCUCCAGGUCAAGGAGGAGGACCUCAUCAAGGACUUUGCUCGGGACGAGGAACCGCCAAGCGAGGACGAGGAGGAGGAAGAGGAGGAGGACGAGGGGGAAGAAGACGACGAAGAGGACGAGGACGAGGACGACGGAGCCGAGGAAGAAGAGGAGGAGGACGAGGUCGAAGGCGAAGGAGCCCUGCUGCCGCCGGUCAAUUUUAAUGCAAAUUCAGACUUUAAUUUGCAUUUCUUUGACACACCAGAGGACUCGUCCACCCAAGGGGCCUACAGUGAGGCCAAUAGCUUGGAGUCUGAGCAGGAAGAGGAGGAGCACCAGCCUCCGCAGCAACAGCAACACCAGCAGCACCAGCAGCAGCAACAUCACCGGGAAUUGCAGGAUUGCCUAAGUGCCAUUGAAGCCGAUCCCCUGCAGUUGCUGCAGUGCGACGAUUUCUACAGAACAGCAGCGCCAGUGGAGAGUGUUGCCGCCAGCUUAGCCCCCCCACAUCAGCAACAUACCCACCAGCAACAGCAACAGCAACAGCAGCAGCAGCAGCACCCUGGACAGCAGCAACACCAGCUCAACUGCACACUGAGCAAUGGUGGAGGUGCUCUGUUCACCAUCAGCAGUGUGCAUCAGUUCGGUCCGGCCAGCAGCCACAACAGCAGCAGUUCCCCCUCCUCCAGGGGCGCCCACUCCUCGCCGGACAGCGGCUGCUCGUCGGCCUCCUCCUCCGGAUCGUCGGGAUCCUGUGGAUCCACUGGGUCCGCCUCCUCCCACGCGGUCUCCUCCUCGUCGUCCAGCAACAGCAGCAACAACAAUAACAACGCCGGCAGCAACAGCGCCAACCCCGCAGCAACAUCUUCAUCUGUUGCGCAUCUGAACAAAGAGCAACAGCAGCAGCAGCCGCCGACGACGAUACAGCUGCAGCAGCAACACCAGCACCAACAGCAAUUGCAACACCCGCAGCAGCAAUCUUUUGGCCUAGCGGACAGCAGCAACAACAACAACGGCAGCAGCAGCAACAGCAACGGCAGCAGCAAUAACAACAACGGGGUCUCCUCGAAAUCAUUUGUGCCCUGCAAAGUUUGUGGCGACAAGGCAUCGGGCUACCACUAUGGUGUAACCUCCUGCGAGGGUUGCAAGGGUUUCUUUCGUCGCAGCAUCCAAAAACAAAUCGAAUACCGCUGUUUGCGGGACGGCAAGUGUCUGGUCAUCCGGCUGAAUCGCAAUCGCUGCCAGUACUGCCGCUUCAAGAAAUGCCUCUCCGCUGGCAUGAGCCGCGAUUCUGUACGUUAUGGUCGCGUUCCCAAGCGUUCCCGUGAGCUGAACGGAGCAGCCGCCGCCUCCGCCGCCGCAGGCGCUCCUUCCUCCCUCAAUGUGGAUGACUCCUCCGGCAGUACACUGCACCCCAACCAGUUACAGCAGCAACAGCAGCAACAGCAACAGCAGCAACAUCUCCUGCAGCAACAGCAGCAGCAGCAGCAGCAACAUCAGCAACAUCAACAGCAACAUCAACAGCAACAGCCGCAUGUGAGCGGCGCCAGAGUGAAGACACCGAGUACUCCACAAACGCCACAAAUGUGUUCGAUCGCAUCCUCGCCAUCGGAGCUGGGCGGUUGCAAUAGUGCCAAUAACAAUAACAAUAACAACAACAACAGCAGCGGCAAUGCCAGCGGCGGCAGCGGCGUAAGCGUCGGCGUUGUUGUUGUGGGCGGUCACCAGCAACUGGUGGGCGGCAGCAUGGUGGGCGUGGGCAUGGGCACGGAACUGGGCGGGGGCCACCACCAGGUGGGCAUGUGCCACGACGGACUGGCCGGAACGGCCAACGAGCUGACCGUCUACGAUGUGAUCAUGUGCGUGUCGCAGGCGCACCGCCUCAACUGCUCCUACACGGAGGAACUGACCAGGGAGCUGAUGCGCCGUCCAGUGACGGUGCCCCAAAAUGGGAUUGCCAGCACAGUGGCGGAGAGCCUGGAGUUCCAGAAGAUCUGGCUGUGGCAGCAGUUCUCGGCCAGGGUGACGCCCGGUGUCCAGCGGAUUGUGGAGUUUGCGAAACGCGUACCUGGCUUCUGUGAUUUCACCCAAGACGACCAGCUCAUACUCAUCAAGCUGGGCUUCUUCGAGGUCUGGCUGACGCACGUGGCCCGCCUGAUCAACGAGGCCACUCUGACGCUGGACGACGGAGCCUACCUGACGCGCCAGCAACUCGAGAUACUCUACGAUUCUGACUUUGUGAACGCCUUGCUGAACUUUGCCAACACAUUGAACGCCUACGGGCUGAGCGACACCGAGAUCGGGCUCUUCUCGGCCAUGGUGCUGCUGGCCUCGGACCGGACGGGACUCAGCGAGCCCAAGGUGAUUGGACGGGCCAGGGAGCUGGUGGCCGAGGCGCUCCGCGUCCAGAUCCUGCGCUCCCGGGCGGGAUCGCCGCAGGCACUGCAGCUGAUGCCGGCGCUGGAGGCCAAGAUACCCGAGCUGCGGUCCCUGGGGGCCAAGCACUUCUCACACUUAGACUGGCUGCGGAUGAACUGGACCAAGCUGCGCCUGCCGCCCCUCUUCGCCGAGAUCUUUGACAUCCCCAAGGCCGACGACGAGCUGUAGGAUGGCGGGGAUCCGGACCAGCGCGUUUCCAGGGCCGUGCAAAUGCAAACCGCAACAAAAUAUUCUACCACUUGUAGGCUUAAGCAACGUAGCUAUAGUGAAAAACGGGAGGGCCGGAGAUCAGAUACACGUCUACUCAGCAUUACUGGAGAUAGUUCACUAAGCCUAUAUGCAUAUUCACUAGCAGUGUUAGAGUGACUAGGACUCCACUCCACUCUACUCUACUCCAAUCAACUCCACUCCCCGCUGAACAUAUCCAUGCGCGAACAUAAAUUAUUUAUUUCAUUGUUGACUCAUCGAGAUCCACUCCGAUCCACAUCACUUCACAUCCCCAAGCACUCAUCCCAACCGAAAUUAAGAAUGCAAAUGCAAAUGCAAAUGCAAAUGCAAAUGCAAAUGCAAAUGAAAAUGAAAAUUCACCAUUGGCCAGCUAACCAAGGCAUCUAUUUAGAACUCGACUGAAGAGCGAGCGUUAAAGUUCGAUAAAUACUGGUUUUUUUAAUAAUAUUAACUACUAUAAACGAUAUCGGAUAUAUGUGUACGUUACAUCUAGAGAUACGGACCUAGCGUAGUCGAAAAGCAAAAAGACCCACUUCGUUUGCUUGCAAAAGUUGGAGAUCCCAUACGAUAUGAUAAUAUAUGCAUAUGCGAAAAGAUAAAUGAUAAAUGAUAAAUAUAUAUGACUAGUUUAAAUCAUUAUUUCGAAUUGAAGAUCGAUGCGUUUAUUGUAUCUGCGUGUAAAUAAAUUUAAAUUAAUUUGUACCAUUAACUCGCUGCGACUUGAUUAUUUUAGACCCCACCACCCAUUGAGUUGCUCGAUGAUCCAUCCCAGAUCUUCGGCGGCUCCGACCUCCAUUGAAAGUGUUCAGUUUCUCACUUAAGACAAGACAUUUAACAUCCUACGAUUAAGAUCCUUGGGUUAGAGACCAUCUAAGUUAAGUGCUUUAAGGCUUCAUUUGUAUAACUCGGAACAAUCAAAUUGUUUGAUCAAUUUUGAAUAGAUUGGUGCUAAAUUUGUGUGUUAAGUUUACAUGGAAACAAGCGAGGAAAACCAACCAGACAGGCGAACAAAAUAUACAUAUAUAUUUAAAGCUAUCUAUAUAUCAAAUACAUGUAUGUAAAAAUCAAAAGGAUUCUUCUCUAAAGCUCUUCAUUGAUUGUUGAAUUUAUAUAGAACAUUUUGUAAAUUUUAUUAGUGUGACAAAGGAAAAUAUUAAAUGUAGAGGCAGCUGCGAUCGAACUUGUGGCUGCCGUUCUAUGCUCCAUGUGUACCUUUCGCUUAUUGAACUAGAAUAUCGAAAUCAACAUAGAUCUAUAUACAUAAAUUUAAAGACUACGAUUCGCAAUAUCUUAGCAGACACGCAACUUGCAACGCUAGCAAUUUUCUCUCCCGAUCCCCAAAAAAUAUCCACUCCAACACUAUACUUUCGAUCCGAGCACAAACCCAAGAAUAAAACUCUGUGUUAAUUUUGUAAACCAGUGCGCAUAAUGGAACCUUGUGAAUGUAGCAUUAAAAACGACAACAAGAACAACAGAUUUUUAAUUACAUUAUUAACUUAUACCUAACUAUUAUAUACAGACAUAUAAUAAAUAUAUAGAUACAAUUUUUUA